GCCUAAACACAAAUUUCUUCAAGAUUAAAAAGCUGGAGGGAGGAAGCAGGGAUCGCAUCGGAUCUGAUCAGCCUCAGAGAAGAUGCUGCCCCUCCUGUCCUUGUUGGCCAGUGUCCUACUCUCCGGAGUUGAAGGAGGAGAGAUCUACUGGGGCACAGAGGCCAAACCACACUCCCGGCCCUACAUGGCAUAUGUGAGUUACAAAAGAGAUGGUCAUUUGCACAAAUGUGGGGGUUCCCUGGUACAAGAAAACUUCGUGUUGACAGCAGCUCACUGCUUUGGAAGAAAUAUGACUGUCACGCUGGGAGCUCACAACAUCAGAAAGGGGGAAAACACCCAGCAGGUCAUCCCUGUGGACAGACCCUUCCCCCACCAGGACUACGAUGCUAAGAAAGCUGUCAAUGACAUCAUGCUGUUGAAGCUAGAAGACAAGGCCCAACUCACCGGGGCUGUGCGGACCAUUCCUCUGCCGCAUCCUCAGGACUGGGUAAAGCCCGGCCAGGUGUGCAGCGUGGCGGGCUGGGGAAAAAUGGCUGAUGGCAACUAUCCAGACACUCUUCAGGAGGUAGAUCUGGAAGUGCAAGAUGAGCAGAAGUGCAAGGAUCUCUUCAAAAGGAUGUACAACAACUCCAUCGAGCUGUGUGUCGGAAAACCUAACUCCAAGAAGGCCACUGGAGUUGGGGACUCCGGGGGCCCAUUCGUGUGUAACGAUGUGGUCCAGGGCCUCGUCAGCUAUGCUGACCAGCGUCCUGAGGUGCUUCCCCGGGUCUUCACCAGGAUCUCCCACUUCCUGCCCUGGAUCCACAAAAUACUGAAACCCAUGACUUAGCUAGACCUGGACCACCUACUUGGGGGCUCCUGUCCCUAUUUGUGGGAACAGCUGUCUGAUUCUCAAUAAAGAGCAUC